AUGCGGCCUGGGAGAGAGAUCGGUCGACCAACCGACCAAUCGGUGGGUGGGUGGGUGAACCGCGCGUCGGCGCCUCCGGUUACUCGAGUGGGUGGGAUUCAUGAUGGGGCCGACGGCCUCCCCGAGGACUUCGACUGGAGGGACCACGGCGCCGUCGGCCCCGGCUCGUGCGGGUCUUGCAGGUCGUUCAGCGCCUCCGGGGCGUUGGAGGGGGCAAACUACCUGGCCUCAUGCAAGAUGGAGGUGCUCUCCGAGCAGCAGCUGGUCGACUGCGACCACGAGUGCGACACAUCAGAGCCUGAUUCAUGCGAUGUUGUAUGCAACGGUGGGUUGAUGGCUUCAGCCUUCAGCUAUCUGUUGAAAUCUGGUGGCCUUGAGAGAGAAAAGGAUUACCCUUACACCGGGAAGGAUGGUACCUGCAAAUUUGACAAGUCCAAGAUUGAUGCUUCAGUUCAGAACUACAGCGUUGUCACUGUUGAUGAAGAACAGAUUGCUGCUAACCUUGUGAAAUAUGGACCUUUGGCAAUCGGUAUCAACGCCGCAUACAUGCAGACAUACAUUGGCGGAGUGUCAUGCCCAUACAUCUGCGGAAGGCACCUCGACCACGGCGUUCUUCUCAUCGGCUACGGGGCGUCCGGCUUCGCGCCUUCCCGCUUCAAGGAGAAGCCAUACUGGAUCGUCAAGAACUCGUGGGGCGAGAACUGGGGGGACCAGGGGUACUACAAGAUCUGCAGGGGCUCUAACGUGCGCAACAAGUGCAGCGUUGACUCCAUGGUCUCCACGGUGUCCGCCACACACUCCUCGAAGGAGGAGCAGGCUCUGGUCUGAUCUGUUAUGAUCUGAUCGGCGGCCCUCGUGGAGUCGAUCUUGGUUUCUAUGUAUCGCUAGA